AUGAUACGAUAUAGACUGGUAACACAUUAUGUUAAGCGAUAUCACAGGACCAUUGUAUUACGCCAUUAUUCAUUAUAUUCUAACAGGCUUCAGACAACACCACCCAGCAUCUUUGUAAAUAGAUACAGUUCUGAGGUGGCUAAAACUGAUGAGCGACCGACAGAUACGACGAGGCAUGAAGAGGUUGAGAGAUGGGUUCGAGAUAGUUUUAUUGAUACGAUACGAAGACACGGUAGCUCACCUAAUGAGGGGAACAAUUCACAGCCCUUGGUGGUUUACAAUAAGAACCGUGGCGGGGAGAUGUUCGGAAUUCCUACUGUAAACGACGAGACAUUCAAGAUCAUCUGGGAGGAAGAGUUUCGAGACGGCGAUCCCGGUACGGCUGGGAUUGUCAUUGUCCGUUUGAAAAACCGCCGGACUAUAUUCAGCACAUCUCAAUUGUUGAUCUUAUUCCAAGGGCUGAAAGCCAAGAACAAUUUUUAUCAAAUGCAUGGCGUUUACUACGCGUACCGGAACUAUCUUAAAGAUGAGAAGUUUCGCGAAAAUAAAAGUGAUUAUGGGCAACUGAUCGAAUUGAUUAUUCAAUGUGAAGGUGCGUUGAAGAAUUAUUGGAAUUGCGAAAGAUUUUUUUCCUUGUAUAUUAAAAAUGGAGUCUUUAAGCCGGAUACUUUACUGUUGGGAUUGAAGGCGUUCAUGAUCAAUGGAAAUGUUCAGCUAGCCAAAGAGUUUUUCAUCCAAAUUGUAAAUAAUGAAGACACUUUCUCCUUUGGUACAUUGGAACUUCACCAGUUGUUGAAAUUUCUGUUGAAUAGACACGACUACGGUAACAUUGAUUUCUUCUUCCAAAUGUGGAACAGCAAGGGCCGGUCCCUAGAUUUUGCUACUUUGGCAUUGGUGCAUAGAAUAUACUUGAAAUGUAGCGGCGGUGAAAUAACAAAUAAUAAUUUGCUAAACAGGUUCGUCUCUAAUGAAAGAGUGCAGGGGACGGGCUACUUACAAAAUCUUCGUUCUAAAUUGACAGUACUGUACUAUAACUUAUUUGAACUGAAUGACACUAGUACUUUGGAACACUAUAAUAUAGCGGUUAAGACAGAAGGAGAUGUGGAGAUACAGCAAGAGUUUUUCGAUACGCUACUGCAUUAUUAUGUUAGGAGGAUGGACAAGCCGCGUAUAGACAUGAUAUUAUCCAUUCUAGAUCGUGAGACAUCAUUGGCGUUGCAGCAGAGGCAUUAUUCCAUGGUGGCCAAGUAUUACGUUGCAAAGCGGGACAUGGCCUCCCUGGUAUCCUUUUAUGACAAGCGGAUAAUGGAUGGGGAGAUUUCUUUGAACCGAGAUGUCCUGUACGAUAUCUGUAACUGCGCUACUAGGGCAUAUUCGCAGGGUGUCAGUACCAAUUUCAAGACCCGUGUCAUUACACUGAUUCAUACAGACAAGCGUUAUAUGAUAUCGAAUUGGUGGUUACGGGAUAUAAUCAACUAUCUUGACAAGAAUCCACGAGAUACGUUACUGACUGAAUUCAAGUCCAAACUGGUUCAAAAGGACAUGAUGGGCGCCAGGGAUCUUUUCCUGGAGAGAAUCAGGGAUGAGUUGAAACCUGAGUUCAAGAUUAUGUUCCAAAUGUUGAAACUGUGCAUGAACAAAGAUUUUGAACCACUUGCGAAAGUGAUCGAUUCAACAAUGAAGAGACUGUACCCGGGUGCAAUCCCCCUCUCUGUAGAGACGCUGUGGUUACGGUACGACAUUUUGAAACUUUCGGACCCAAGUGCAAGACAGACAGCUGUCCGUUCCUUCCUCCGCAAUUUCGGUCCCUCCCUGUGUUACCGUGACAUGAUCAACGUGUCUAAGUUACUCAUCGAGGUGGGUGUCCUACAGGGCGCGGAGCUUCUUUUGCUGAAAUGUAAAGCCGCAUUGGGCGCGAGCAACGACCCGGCGCAGUGGUCCCACUACUACAUGGCAUAUCUGAAACUAGCCACCGUGAAGCUAAAUGCCCCGCUUUUUGAGCAGUUACUACAAGAGUGCCUUGCCAACCCUGCUGCAUCAGACACCAACGCGGGCCAACUACGCGCCCACAUCAAGUACUUUGCCAAGAGGUCCCCGCAGGGACCCGAACAGAGCCAGAAAUUGCGGCAGCUCGUCCACGCAAAAUCCGUCCAGUCACAGCAACGCAGACGGGACUCCAAGAAACAGCUCGCACAGGUGCUAACGACCAUGGACCGCUGGCUGAGGUCCUCCAUCACCGCGCAUCGCAACGGUACCGCUUGUAAAUAG